GAUCCUGCAAAAAAUUGCAGCUGAUUUUUGGAGGGGUCGUUGCCAUAGCAGCAAUAUUACUGGUGACCACAGUCACCUUAUCCUUUAUCCUAUUUGCCAGGUGGAAAACACCAGAAGAGAAUCAAAUAUUUCUAAAUAAGCUGUUGGAAAACCUGCAGCAGUGUCAAAGAAGGAGCCGUGACCUGAAAAAGAUGCUGCACUCUGCCACGCAAGACUCCAGGUGUGGUUUGUGUCCUGAAAGCUGGCUGUGGUGGAGAAAUCACUGCUACUUUUUCUCUGUCGGCCUCCAAGAUGACCGGCAGUGGAACGAGAGCGAUCAGUUCUGCCAGCAACACAACAGCAGUCUGGUUGUAAUCGAAGACUCUGCAGAGAUGGAUUUUCUCCAAGAAAUUAUGAGCGAGUGCACAAAAUUUCCUUUCCUGUGGGUCGGACUAACAGACAGCAAAAAGGAGGGACUCUGGCUGUGGUUGAACGGUGGAAAGGCUCAGCACAGUCCGCUGGUGACUGUGCAGUGGGACAGUGAUGAAAGGGACUGUGCAGACCUGAGGGGAGGCGGGACGCUGUUUGCCUCUAAAUGUGAUGAGCAUGGACCCUGGGUCUGCAAGAAAGAGUCCUGAACAGCCGUCACGAUCUUUUCAUCUAUAGAAUAUUAAUAAACUGAGAUCGAUAGUUGUAAAUGUUCAGGAAAGAUUAAACCAGCCCUAAUACUUUAUUGGUGCAGCUUAAUGGUUUAAUGUUUGCUGGAAAGAUUUAUAUUCUUCAGCCACAACAUUUUAUUUAUGAAAGCUUUUUUUUUCCUUUUAGGAAAGUGUAGUUUAAAGUGCAUGCACAUGAAAAGAACCAGAACAUGUUUAUCCUAAUAAAUGCUUUUUAUCUAAAAGUUACACAUUGUUUCUGCUGUGCUGUUCUGAAGAUCUAUGUUCUAACAUCUUUAAGGUUUAUCAUCAUCCUAAAUAUUGUCAUCCAACAAUGCUUUAAAUUGUUUAACCAGACACAUUGAGAGUACUGAGAUCACACUUAAACAAUCAUAGCACCUCUAAAAAAAAGAUCUCCUUUGCAGUUGGAUCAUCUUCUGGGGAUUGUUUAUGGGGCAACAGAGAAACGCAAAUUAAAAUGAAACAAACAGAAAUAUUAAGAUGUUUUUUUUCCUUUUAUCAGGGUCUAAAAGUCCACAACAGGGAACCUAAGGUUUGU